CAUUUCCUCAUUUGCUGUAAGUUUAGUAACACAGGUCUGUAUAGUAGCAUUAGCCUCGGUACUGAAUCACUGCUGGCCAUGGAGCACUUUAUUCAUCAUUAAACCAUCACUAAAGGCAAAUAUGGGGGAAAACGUUGAUGUCAAGGCUCUGAGGGCCAGGUUCAACAACAAGGCCAGCAACUCGGACACCAGCAGCCGAGACAGCGGCUCCCCAAAAUCUCCACGACCUGGGUUUGGGAGACUGAUCCUGCCACUGGCGGAGAACGAUCUGGCGCAUCACAGACUGUCUCCUACCAUUCCUCCUCCUCCGAUGGCUAGCCCAGGCCUGGGGAGGCUCCCGAGGGCAGAACCGAUGGCCGCCUCCAUCCCCUCCAUCCCCUCCAAACCGGGUUCUUUCCCUCGACCGCCUCCCAAUCCUGGGGUCAGAGCAUCCAUCGGGCUGGCAGAACCGAGCAAGGUGAAGCAGAAGGGGGAGAUGUUACAGAACCAGAUGAUGAAGCACCAGAUGCCUCCAGGCAUCAAACCCCCCCUGGCUCUGCCCUCACCUCAGCCCCCUGCACCAGCUCCCACCUCCACCCCUCUACCACUUCGACUGCCCCCCCGACAGAGGAGUGCAGGGGACGUGACCCCACUCAGGAGGCAUCUACCCCCUGAAGGACCUGUGCCUUUGAAACCCAAACGCCCUCCUAAUGUCAACCUGGAGCCCUUUCUGAGGUCCAAUCGACGACCAGCCCUUCCUGGUCCAAGAAAGAGUGACGGUUCCCCGGGCUCAGCAGGCAAAAAGAUGUCUUUACCCACAAUCAUCAGUCCUCCAAAACUGCCACCACAACGAUCCAAAAAACCCAGCAGGCUCCCGCGCCAAAUUGCCUCUGUUGACAUUGAGGAUAACCAGGACUUCUACGAUGACAUCGCAAGCUUUGAGAAGAACGAUUCCUGGAGUGACAGUUCACCGUGCAUUGAUGGGGAUGACGAUGACGUGUAUGAGUUUAUUGAUGAGGACCAAUCGGAGCUAAACCAGUUAAAUGCUGAGAAGCAAAACAAAAAAGAAGCAAAGAUGCAACUUGCGAAGAAGAAGAAAGAUCAGAUGGAGCGUCAAAAAAAAGAAAAUGAGUUGAGGAAGAACUUUCAGUUGCAAGGUGAGGUGGAGGUUCUUCAUACAGCCAGAGUGAGGCAUGACUGGCAUGGAGGAGGAAAGCUGGACCUCAGCGUACGCGAAGGCGAGAGCGUGGAGAUCCUCAGAGUGAAGAAUAACCCACUAGGCAAAUGGUUGGCUCGCUCUCUUAAAGGAAACUGCGGAUACAUCAGUAACACAUGUGUGGAUGUUGACUAUGAGGCAGUAAAGCGCAAAUUGCUACAGUCCAGAAAAAUAGACACAUCACCGUUGCCUCCACCACCUCCAGACCCCCCACUGAUGUUAUAUGUCGAGUCCAAUAGCAGUGACAGCAUGCUUCAAGAUGAUGAUGACUAUGAUGACGUUGAACCAAUAACUGAGGGUUUCCCCCCACCACCGCCUGAAAUUAGCAUAGAUCCCAAAGUGGAGAAAGAGCUAAGGAAAAGAUUUAAGUAUGAAGGGCCUCUCAGGGUGCUGCACACCAUGAUGGUAGAUCCUAAUAGCAUCAUAAAGAAGCCGGGUGGGAAGGAUCUGCACGUGACUCAAGGAGAAAUCGUGGACGUCAUUCAGCUCACCAACAGCAAGAAAGCUCUGUGUUGCAACCAGGCUGGAAAAUAUGGCUAUGUGUCCAGAUCUCUUCUUCUUCAAAUGGAAGGAGACAUUUAUGACGAUGUUGACUACGCAGGCAGUGCUGACGUCUACGACAACGACUCUCCACACACUGAUUAUUGAAACAAACUAAACACAGACUAAGACAGUAAGAGAGAGAGAGAUACAGACAGACAAAAGUAACAAACUAUAUAAAGAUGUAAAACUUAAGCUAUAUAAUACUAUAUAAGUAUCCACCUGGAUACACAUUUUUGCUUUACUUAACUCCACCUGUUGCAUUCAAUUAAUAACUAAACUUUUAUUAAUAAUUAAACACCAGGCUGCCUGUUACAACUGAGGUGGAACAGAAAAUAGCUGUCUGGCUCAAAAACUAAAAGAAUAAACAAACUAGCUGAUAUAAAACUAAAACUGUAUACAAACUAAAUAAAACUGAGGGACAAAAACAGAAAAUAGUGUGAAGAAAGAGAUCUGUAGAUACACACACACGCACGCACGCACGCACGCACGCACGCACGCACGCACGUACGCACGCACGCACACACACACACACACCACACAUACCCUGUGCUGAGGAGGGAGCUUGAAGUGGAGCCGCUGCUCCUUCACCAUGAAAGGGGCCAGUUCAGUACAGGCACGUCCAACUGGUAGCCUAACAGGCUCCAACAAGAGAUUAUCCAGUAUAUCUCAUCUGGCCACACCUCAGGGUUCCUCAGGAAGAGCAAGAAAACGUUGCUGGGGAGAGUGACGUCUGGAAACUUUGCAUAGCCUGCUGUCCCCGCAAUAAGCGGAUGAAAAUGGAUGAAUGGAUGGUUGGAGGAGAAUAUCAAACUCGUUAUCAUUGCAUGGUUUGUCAAACUGCUUGUUUAGAAAAUGAAUACACUAUAACUGUCGCUUUGUGUAUUGUUCCCCUGAGAUAAUUUAAAAUAAAUAAAAUACAUUUUUACUGGUAA